UAAAUAUUGUUAAGAAACUGUAAUGAAGAAGUAAUUUAAUACACAAUACCUACCUAACCACAUGACACAUUGGUAUUUCUUAUACACGCAUCAUCGUGCAAAGCGUAACGGGCUCAGCUGCGGUGUCGCGCGCUGAUAAUGAAUUCCAAUUUCACACCCAAUGCAUCUCUUCGCCAUUUACUGCAUGGGACGUUAGACGAUAGGACUCCGUUAGAGUUGGGAUACGCCCUACCUAAGAUAUAAUCUGGCUAAUAGCACCUUUCUUCUUCUUCACGUGCCAUCUCCGUUCAGGAGGUUGGCGACCAUAUGACUAUAUGUCGCUCUAUGUUCAGUCAUGCGAAUUAGUCUAUCUAUGCUCUUCACUUUUAACCAGACUCUUAUAAAUACGCUGCAUUUCUUUUCUUAAUUGUUGAUACUACUUCUAGAUCUUUUUUCAUGAUUUCCAAAACUCUGAUAUCAAUAUCAGUUAUUCUAUCAGACCUACACAGACAGAUCUACCGUUUGUGCUAAUAAUGCUAAUAAUUGAAACCACAUUGAAACCCGAUCGAGCAAAGAGAAUGAUUCCAAGUAGAAUCUUGAGUGCUUUGAGGCUUUCAAGACACGUGAGGUGAACAAAUUUUGCUGACGAAUGAAACAGUGUUUUCACCACACCAACUUGAGGAAAAUACUGUAAACAUUACAAGCUUAAUUCACAUUAAUGCUAUUAAAUAAUGAUCAUUCAAAAUCAUCACUUAUAAGUCCAUCCUAUGAGCUAACGUGACGGAAACAACGUCAAAUUUAGGUACAUCAAAUUACCUACUUUGCAUUCUAGAUUAAAUUUUUCAAAGAAAACAGAGCAUUUAAAAUAAACGAAAAUGUGUUGGUUAAAUAUCGUGUGCCAUCCUUAUUCCCAACGUCACAAAUUGGGUCAAUUGAUGGAAAAUGUGAGGCUACUGUUGCGUCUAAAUCUAUUACCACAGCUUAUAAAACCCUCCCGCGAACGGCUACCCUUUUCAGUCCAAACUCAACCGCACAAUGAGUCAAACUAAACCGAAAACGUGUGAAAAGAAAGUAAAAACCGCGGAACUAAAAGUGUUAAAGAUACUAAGCAGAAUAAAUGCGUUAAAAUUAAACGAUUCGAAUAUGGCGCGCUUGGAAGUGGACAUGAAGAGAGUUGAGAUAUACUUUUUAGCGGGAGUUUUGAAAUUUAGGUUUCUAUUUCCGGUAGCCAUUUUGUUUUUUGUGUCUGCUAUGUGGUGGAUUUAUUCGGAACUAUCGUCAAAAAACUGCCUCAUCUCCCUGCCAUCAUCAUCUAAAGCGCUCUUCCGCCCCCCUGAAGACUGCUCAAUGUGCGUCGGUGUCGAUGACGUCACGCGCGUCUCCAACAUCUCUGCACAGGAGUUCGAGGAGCUGUAUGCGUAUAACACGGUGCCGGUCAUUGUUACUGAUGCUACUAAGGACUGGAAGGCUAUUAAAGAAUUCAACUUCAACUUCUUCCGUGAUUUCUACCGACAAGGGUCGCUGGGACGGCAGACUGGCGACUGCUCCUUCUUUGCCUACAAUUCGGGGCUGCGGUCGCUCAGCGAGGUGUUCGCUAUGGAUGAGCGACGAGCGAACUUGUCUGGAGAUCCAUGGUACGUCGGGUGGAGCACGUGCCUAGACGGUGAGACGCGAGCGCUCCGCGAAUACUAUUCGCGGCCCUACUUCCUCCCUCGAGGUGCUGAGAGCGACGCGACUGACUGGCUGUUCAUGGGCGGCCCGGGACAGGGAGCACAUAUGCACGUGGAUUCGGUGCGACACGUAUCAUGGCAGGCGCAGAUACGCGGGCACAAGCAAUGGCAGCUGGCUCCGCCGCCUGAGUGCCUGUAUCAAUGCCGCUGGAUCACCUUCACCGUUAACCCUGGGGAGAUAUUGGUGGUAGACACGAACCGCUGGUACCACCGCACCACCGUGUUGCCGGGCGACAUCAGUAUCACCAUCGGAGCCGAAUACGACUAAACUACUUUGUACACUCAAGGUAUUAAAUAUCGAUACGGACAGAGUGCCGAAAAUAUGUACAAACUACCUUAAUGUAUGGGCAGUAAGGGUGUGUAUACAUCAAUUAAUUUUUGACAAGCAGAAACGUCUGCGAACGAUGCUAUUAAGCUUAGAAUAAAUUUAAAAGGGGAAAAAUUACUGCCUUGGGUGAGACUUGAACUCACGGCCUCUGGAUCGAUACUCCAGCGCACUGCCAUCUGAGCCACCAAGACCUCACCCAUAGGCAGCAAAUUUUCCACGAUAUGGUUCUAGGGGACCCUAGCGACAUCUUCCGUAAGAACAUACAAUGUGUAUACAUAUUUUUGCUGCUUUGUCCGUGCCGAAAUUUAAUACCUUAACUGUAAAGCUACAAGUCACAAGUUAACCAGCAACACUGAUUAGAAGGUGCUUAUUAUUGAUUGGACCCGUGGAUCCAGGUUUUCUCUCCCUCUCACUGAGCGAGAUGGCUACGCGUGCCCGGGGUCGCGGGUAUCAUGUUUUUGUAUUAUAAAGUUUUGUACCUGUAUACUUUUUAACCAAAAAUUGCACCCUAAGAGAAAAGUAUACCACGUUCUAUUCUAGACUGCAUCGGCAAUUACUAUCAGGUGAGAUUGUGGACAAAUGCUUACCUUUUCCUAAUAAAAUAAAUAAAUAAAUAAAACGUGACAUCAAGCGUACUCCCAUCGUAAAGGCCGGCAACGCACUUACAACCCCUCUGGUGUUGCAGGUGUUCAUGGGCGGCGGUAAUCGAUUACCAUCAGGUGAUCCGUCUGCUCGUUUGCCUCCCCUACCAUAAAAAAAAACAAUAUCCCUCUUGAAUUACUUUUAAAAAGUUAAAGGCACAACUUAUUCUGUCAUUCAGUACCAUUCAAUAAAAUUUUGCAAUAUAGCUUGCUAUAAAAAAAAAGAAAUCU